UUUUGAAACGUGUCCUUGUAGUGAACGUUGUAGUGUGGUUAGUUUGGUGCGCGCUAAGUUUAAUUUAUAAAAGGAAACAAAGGUGAAAUUCGUGAGGUGAUACAGUGAUCUAUAGUCAAGUGAUGUGAUCCACCAGUGUGCUGAAGAUCUACUUAGGACAGCCAUGUGGGAACUGUUGGUGGUUCUGGCCGUUCUUUCUUCGCCAGUGCAGCCUGACGAAAUCCAGCAAGAUGGAUCCUUAGUCCCGUCAAGGUUUUCCCUGUACAAGAGUGAAGAUGGCAUACACGAAUCAGCUGCACGGCAACCACUUUUUGAAACAAAAACCUCAAUUGACCAGAUUACAAGUAGCGAACUAGCUUUUUCGGAAAUUGAAGAUUUAUAUACAACUUCAUCAUCUCACUAUGAUAGUGUGGAUUCAGAUAAUGAAAUUUUAAAUCUAAGAAAGAGAUCUGCGGGUCAAAUAACUAUUGAUGAAACUAACAACAAUAAAAUAAUUGCUGAGUCAGAUGUGAACUUUGACAGUGAUUUGGAUGCUUUAGCAACCCCUGUCAGCAACAGGUUAGAAUCGUCUAAUGUUGUUAGGGAUAUCGCAGAUGGUGAGUUUUACGACAAAAUAAAUCCUACAAAGUCAGGAGAUUCGAUACAACCAGAUAUUGUUAAGAAAACCAAGGAAAAUAUUAAAUUUGAUGAGAAGUCGGGGGAAGCCAUGAGGGCUUCGGCGAGAGGGAGAGCGUUGCCCUUGCCGAAGCCCAGUUCUGCCUCAGGGGCGGAGAAUGCCCCACCACCCAACCUUACGAGCCAUAGAAGUGACAAACCUAGUUCUCCAGACAUCCACGAUAUAAUAACUGGAUUUGUUAAACUACUCAACGGGAAUGUUCAAGCUCAAUUGAACCCAAACCCUCAUCCUCUUAGUGGAGGAAGACCACUUUACCCAGUGAGGACAAGGAUAAACAAUCGAGGUCCCCCAAGGAUAACCGAUGUUCCUCUACCACAUCUGGACUUUGAACCUCCUGAAUUGAGACCUCCAAAACCAUUGCCAGCAGUCACCACUAAACAACCCCCACCAUAUCCAUUUGAUAUUUCACCUCCUAUUUCAUCUCUGCCUCCUCAGCCAACUUCUGUCCUCAAACCGUUUAUUUCUGGUAUUCCUCUUCCAGAACAGCUCGUACCAAAGGACCAAAACAGUUUAAGUAUCAAAUCCGAGACUGAUCUAUUGAUGGAAAACUUCAACAAAUCGUUUGUUGCUCCUUCCAAGACAAAAAAUCCAUUUGGAGGGGACCACCAUAAGACAAAAUUGGGAAAUCCUCUGAACAAUGAAACAGAUCACACCAAAGAAAUCUCCAAGAAGCCGAGUCUUCAUAAGCCAUCAAACUCUUUUGUCCAACAUACAGAAAUAACACCCCUUACAAAACCGACUUUCACAGUCGAACAAAAUACAGAACCCAGUAUCAAUGCAAGUACAGUUGUCAUUCCACCUACAAUGUAUGAAACAAUGAAUGCAUCUUACCAAAAAGUAAAGAAGAAUGCGACCACUUCAGGACUUAAUGAUUCAACAAUAGUCAACAUUGAAGUUUUAACAACCGUAACAACUGUUGAAAACAGUACUUUGUCAGAUAUUACUAAGAAAGGACAAUUUGUGAAAGAGACAAUAAACAAAACUGAAAGUACAAAACCAAUAGAUGAAAACCCCUUGAGUGGUCCCACCCCAACUCUUCUAGAACCAUCUUUGACAGAUUUGUCUACACAAGAUUCUCAAAAACCAUCAAAAUGGGGUGAAUUCAGCUCAACAAGUACAACUCCUCUUCAAUCAGAAACAACAUUUAAAUACUACCCAAGGCCAGGUAUAGUAUUGGAUGAUCCUGAAUACAAACCAGGAGGAGCCUACAGACCUAUUGUCACAGCACCUCCCAAGAAGGCUAGCUCCAGUGACAUCUUUGACGUCACAGUCUCGGCUAUUCAAGGUCCGGGAUCAACACAUACUGGCCAACCCUUUGUGUAUCCAGUUGACAUCGAAGGAGUCCAAGUGGGUGGAGUAGGGUCAGGCGAAGUCUCUGUGAUCACCACCGCAGAAGCAGGACAACAUUUUGUAUCUAUUGAUGGAAAACGGACCUACAUCAAUCUGUUCAACACGGAAUCUUCUCCCUCAGUGUCUCCAACUGCGGUCAACAAGCAACCUAUCACCAAACAGACCGGAACAUACACUGCAGCUCAAAUCCCUUCAGUAAAACGACCGACUUACCCUCGCCGCCCUGCGCAGCCUCCUGUUCGUAUUGAUACCUGUAUUGUAGGAGACGACUCCACUUGUGAUAAGGCACAGAAUGAGAGAUGUCGUACGGAGGUUGGUGUAUCAUCCUGCCACUGCCGUCCCGGCUACAGCCGCAGAAAGCAUCGUGAACCCUGCAUACGUGUGGUCUCUAUCGUGAUGUCACUCAGGGUCGACAGAAUGUAUGAUCAACGCCUCAGCUGGUCAGAGAGGCUCAAUGACAAAGAGUCACCAGAGUAUUUACAGUUGGAGUACGAGUCCAGUAAUGCGAUCGAUUCAGCGAUGCAGAUGACUCCAUUCUCUGACGAGUUCCUGGGUUGCCGAGUGAAUGACAUGUACACGUUGCCAUCAAGUAGUGGAAAUCUAUCUCCGGUGUUUGUUAACCUAACACUACAACUUGAGGAAAGUGCGGAGACACUACGACCCGCAGUGAAGAAAGACAUUCAGCGUCACUUGCUAGGAGUGAUCCAUCGACGAAGCAACAACAUCGGAUCAAGCUCUCUCUGGGUGGACAGCCCUGCUGGAUCUGUAUCACAGUUGCAAGACUUGGACGAGUGCCAACAUCCAGAACUCCACGACUGCCAUCAAGUAGCAACAUGCAGCAACACGUUUGGAUCCUACCAGUGUGUUUGUCCGGACGGAUACCGAGAUCCUUGGGUAGACAACAGUCAUCAUAGCGGACGAGAAUGUCAGACUUGUCCAACAGAAUACUGCAACCACCGAGGAGAAUGUAGAUACCACAAUGACCAACCAGUCUGCAAAUGUGCAGGAAGUUACUACGGAGCUCAGUGUGAGAUUGACGGAGAAGUUCUUGGGGUUGCUAUUGGAGCAUCAAUUGCUGCUGUAGUAAUCAUUGUCUCGACUCUUGUGUGCCUUUGCAUGUGGAGCCGAAGAUGGAACCGAGAGCAGAAAGUGGCUGCAGGAAUGGGGUCUCCAGUGUUCGGCUAUAUGACAACAGCUGCUCGAAACAACACAAUCAAAUCUCCGGCUAUUGGAGCUUCACCCUACCAGGUGUCACUGGAAGAUAGGCUACGAUGGGCGCAAAUAGCCGAUGUUAUGGCUCAAGCCACCAACCACUAUGCACCUGAGCCCGGAGGUGGAAUGCCUACGAGACCGUCUUCAACCAUCUUUGGCUACGGAGGGACUCUGUCAGCUCCGGUACCUAUGCCUCGACUCAGCCUUCGCCCCGCAUCUGCUCAUGGCACCCGAGCCAACGACAGCAGUUGCAGCGAGGAGGAGGACCGCACAGAUCUCCUCAGCAGAAACUUCCAUGUACCUCGGCCUAAGAGUAGGUCGUCUGUUGCGAACCAGAGUGGUAUCUACUAUGACGUGGAUUAUGAUCAACAACCGGUGCCCACCUGUAUUCCUAUGAACACCUACACCAUGAGUAACCGUUCAAACUAUUAUUGCUCUUAAUUUUUUACUAAAUGUUAUGAACCUGUAUAUAGUGUAUUUAAAGUUAUUGAAUUGUUUGUAAAUAAAAAAUAUUAUU